UAGUGUGAUCAGCGCAAACACAGUCACUGACACGACAUAAAGCAGGUAAAGGCCAUUAGAGACCUUACUGUAAAAUACACUCUUCAGAAAUCAUGGAAGUUUCAACCGUCAAAGAGCUGAAUGUAAUACUCGUGGGAUCCAACCCCUCCAAAAAAUCCCUGGUUGGAAACAUCAUCUUUGGAAAGGUGUUUGAUGUUGGAGAUAUAACACCAUGUUGUGAAAGAAGACAGGGAGAAGUGUGCGGGCGAAAGGUCACGUUGGCCAAAGCCCCUGGAUGGCUGCCAGGAUAUGAGCUCUGCAACACACCUGAACUUUUCAAGACAGAAGCGAUUCUCAGUGUCACACCUGGACUGCAUGGUUUCAUCUUGGUGGUUAAUGUUAAACUACCAUUCAAGAACGUGAACAAGAAGGCAACAAAGGAGCACUUGCAAUACUUCUUUGGUGACAGGGUGUGGGACCACACGAUAGUGGUCUUCACCCACAGAGGUCAACUCGGCUAUACCAUUGAGGAUUACAUCAAGAGGGAAGGGGCACCACUCCAGUCACUUCUGGAGGCCUGUGGUAACAGAUACCAUGUUCUUUGUGAUGAUGGUACAGACAACAAUAAGAAAGUCGAAGAACUGUUUGAGAAGAUUGAUGCCAUGGUGGCUGAAAACCGUUGCUAUGAAAUCGACAUCAUUCAGAUGCAAAAUGCUGAGUCAAAGAGGAAAGAAGUGGAGAAAAAAGCUGAAGAGCUGCGUAUGCACACACAACAACAAAGGCAAAACCUCAGAAGACUCCUGACAGGGCCAACACUCGACCUGAGAGUCCUGAUGCUUGGGUGGGUGUUUUCCGGGAAGAGUGCCACUGGAAACAAUCUUUUGCACACUAAGGAGUUUCAGUCUGGGGAAAGAACGGUGAAAGCUUUAAAGCAAAGUGGCGAGGUGGCUGGAAGACAGGUCGUCAUCGUGGACACUCCUGGAUGGUGGAAAUUCUUCCCAGCAAAGUUUAACCCUUCAUUUGUGAAGUCUGAAAUUUUAAAAGGGGUUUCUCUGUGUUCACCAUCACCAAAUGUCAUUUUGUUGGCAAUGUCACUUGAAACAUCGUUCACUGAAGAACAAAGAAGAGUCACAGAGGACAACAUGAAGGUACUUGGACCAACAGUGUGGAGACAUGUUAUUGUGCUGUUUACAGUCGGGGACGUUUUGGGGGACAAAACUAUUGAGCAGUACAUUGAAAGUGAAGGGAGGCCUCUUCGUUGGCUUAUUGAGAAAUGUGGAAACAGGUAUCACGUCCUCAACAACAUGAGUGCAGAUGAUGAUCAGGUAACAGAGCUCCUGGAGAAGAUGGAGGAGAUGGUGGCAAGAAACAGCUCUUUCUACCUCAGUGCUCACACUGACACAGAUGAUCCACAACAUUGGGAAGACAGAAGUGACACAUCAACUGAAAACAAAGACAAGAACACAGCCAAGGAGAUCACAGAACAACUUACGAUCGAAUGGGAUCGUAGGAACUGGGAAAAACAACGUAUCCGUGAAGGAAGUAUGAGUCAACCCCCAGACAUGAGUGCUGAAGGUCAGGAGUCUGACAGGUCAGAAGGGGAGGAAGAAGAAAUGGAGCACCCACAUGAAGAUGAUCACUUUAAGAGUUUUGGACUUGAAGAAGAAAGUGAAGAUGAUGCAGGACCAGGACCUCUGAACAGAUGGAAGAGACUCCUGGAGAGAGAGUGGAGCAGACGGGAGUAUUCCAUGCAACGCAGACAUCUCUACAGUCCUCUCUGCCCAGCCAUCUCUGAGCCAGACAGUGACCGGCUGCAGAAAUCAAGAGAAAAAGUAUCAAAGUGGCUGAAAACCCAACAUGCAACAUCUGGAUAUGCAACAGCCUCUAACACAAGCGGGAUAUCGAAGGAAGAGGAGGAAGGAGGACAUGCGGAGCUAGUUAGUUGCCUAUGACUCCACUGGCUGGAGGAGCACCAAAGAGGAGAAAGAAAGAAAUCUGUUAAAAAGAAUGAAGAAAUUACCUUCUUACUGAAAUAAAUUCAGCCCGUCAUAUGUCUGCAUCAGGCUGUUCAAAAAAACUGCCCACUCUGCUCCAAACACCUGAUAAUGAGAGAAGACCGGUAGGCUGUAAGUGAAUUCAGGUGAAUCCAGAAGAUGUUUUGUUCUUAUUACUGCAGCAUUUUGUCGAUAAACCUGACCUCUACAGUGCUGCUGUUUGCUGAAAACGUCAGCAUUGUGUUCACACUGAGGUAAAUAUCUGCCUCAAUCUGUACAUUCUGUCUAAAUUCUGCCUAAAUCUAUAAUAUAAGAACAAUUUACCUGAAAGUUUUCCUGCUUCUCGCUUCACUAAAGUGAAAACUGGGAAGUAAGACUCGUUCCAUCUUCCAGAAAUAUACCUGCAGAAACCUGGGAUGUUUCACAUUCUAAAAAUUAUAUAUACUUAUAAAUAAGAUUAAUGGUAAGGAUCAUAGAUUGCUUCAUUUUGUAUAUGCUGAAAAAAAGGUACUUUCUCUAUGCAAAUGUCAUAACCAUGUCAUGUCUAACCAGUUUUAACAGACAACAUCACAUCUCGAUUGAUUUUAGGAUUUUACUGAUCACUUUAAAAGCCUGCAGAGGUCUGGCUCCUAAAUAUAUUGCUGGCAUGCUAACCCACUAUGAGCCAGUUCGCAGCCUCAGAUCCUCGGGCGGGUCACUUCUGGUUGUUCCAGGGUCGAGGUUAAAAACUAGAGGUGAUCGCACCUUUUUGAUCAGGGCCCCUCGACUCUGAAGCGACCUACUCGAGGAGAUAAGUCUCGCUGAAUCGGUGAAUUCUUUUAGAUCACUCAUUUUUACAGACUUACCUUUUUGUCUUUUCAUCUAUUCAUUUUCUAUGUUUAUUAAUUGUCCUUUUAUCAUUUAUUUUAUUAUCUUUGAAUCUGUAAUUAUGUAGUGUCACACGUUCUUACACUGUGUUGCCUUCUGUUGGGUCUACUGCUCUGUAAAGCAUUUUGUAAUAAAGCUGGAUCAAAUGUUCAA